UCUUCUUCUCUUUGCGCAGCGGCCAUGGUUGCGCCGCGCUGUGGGAUCUCCGCGAUCGAGGCGCCGGCGUCUCCUUCCUCGAGCAAUCAACGAUUUCUCUGGCGCCGAUCGAGCUGGGAAGGCAUCGGUUAUGGCAGCAUCGGCAGCAAGAGGCGCCGCAUUUCUUCUCAUGCGAGCGUUUAUGCUGUGUCCGAUUUGCACACCGAUUAUCGAGAGAAUUUGCAGUGGAUCGUGCAGCUGUCGACCAAGUUGCAUCAACGAGAUACUUUGAUCGUGGCGGGCGACGUCUCAGACAACUUGGAGACUUUCAAAGACACUAUGAGGCUGUUGAAGGAAAGGUUUCAUCGCGUCUUCUUUGUUCCUGGGAACCACGAUUUGUGGUGUAGAGGCAAGGAGAACAAGCACCUGGACUCGCUGGGAAAGUUGAGGGAGCUCAAUGCGAUAUGCGAGUCUCUUUGCAUCGACACCAAGCCAGGGAAAGUUUGCGGAGUUUGGAUCGUUCCUCUACUUUCCUGUCGAGAAUUCUUCCCCCUGCAGACAUUUGAUAAGGAACGGGACAUAGUCGGCUACAAUAUUCCACCUCCCGAAAAGCGUUGCACUGAUUAUCAUGCCUGUAAGUGGCCGGACGAGCUCAAGACUCCUGAUAUAGCGCUUGCUGCAUACUUCGAUGAUCUUAACUCUUGCAACCAGCAGUGUCUUACGGAGAUUCGGCACAGCACUGAGCGAGUCAUCACCUUUUCUCACUUCCUUCCCAGACCAGAGCUUUGCCCAGAGAAAAGAAUGCUUUUCUAUCCAAAUCUUCCAAAGGUGAUAGGAUCAGAUUUCCUGGAACGCAGACUGAGGAGCAUCCAUGGUUCCAGUGGAAAUUCCGGAGCUCUCCAUGUGUUUGGGCACACGCAUUUCAGCUGGGACGCUACCGUGGAUGGAAUCAGGUAUCUACAGGCACCAUUGGCUUAUCCCAGGGAACGUCGAAGGCGAGUUUAUGGUGGUGAAUGCUGGCUGCCACUGUGCAUAUAUGACAGCGAAGGUACUCUUCUUCCGAGACCCAUGCCUUGCUACUGGUCGGACUACUAUCGCUUGAACAAGAGGGAUCCAGACAACGUUGUGCUCGCACCGUGGGUAGCAGACUUAUACUGCUUACAAAAGAGCUGAGAACUCCGAGAGCCAAGCUAGAACGAGGUGAGAUACGCUUCCUUCUCUCCUUGGCCAUAAAUAAUCAGAGGGUUCAUGAAGCAUUGUCAGCACUGGGCUUCACUCAAGCGCACGUACAAGCAAAUGCCCAGAGGCUCAACACCACAGCACCAACAUUCCCAGACAUGGACCCCUUUGUAACUACGGGUUGGCAACACUUACCAGUUUUGGUUUUAUAUGACUUGAACACAAGUAGUUAGAGUCGGUUGGCUGCCGAGCGCAUGGAUAGUUUUCGUGGAGCAGUGGUGUAUCGGCCGUCUCUGAGGCCCACGAUGAAAAUUUGGUGCCUUGUUUAUCUAUGAAGAAUUUGC